GUGUGGGCAUUCUUGUGGUAGGCAUUGGUAGUCAGCCCACCUGCAGUGAUGGGCUUAGGAAAGGGAGUACCCUUCUGGGUACUAAUGUGCAUGGUAUCAGUUGUUCAUGGGAAUGGAGAAAUGGGGGAAAUGAGGCAAAUGGGACAAAUGAAAGAAAUGGGGUCGAUCAGCCAAAUGGGGCAGAUGAAAGAAACGGGGUCGAUCAGCCAAAUGGGACAGAUGAAAGAAACGGGGUCGAUCAGCCAAAUGGGACAGAUGAAAGAAACGGGGUCGAUCAGCCAAAUGGGACAGAUGAAAGAAACGGGGUCGAUCAGCCAAAUGGGACAGAUGGAAGAAACAGGGUCGAUCAGCCAAAUGGGACAGAUGAAAGAAACGGGGUCGAUCAGCCAAAUGGGACAGAUGAAAGAAACAGGGUCGAUCAGCCAAAUGGGACAGAUGAAAGAAAUGGGACAGAUUAGCCAAACAGGACAGAUGGUAGAAACAGGGUCGAUCAGCCAAAUGGGACAGAUGAAAGAAACAGGGUCGAUCAGCCAAAUGGGACAGAUGAAAGAAAUGGGACAGAUUAGCCAAACAGGACAGAUGGAAGAAACAGGGUCAAUCAGCCAAAUGGGACAGAUGAAAGAAAUGGGACAGAUUAGCCAAACAGGACAGAUGGAAGAAACAGGGUCGAUCAGUCAAACAGGACAGAUGAAAGAAACGGGGUCGAUCAGCCAAAUGGGACAGAUGAAAGAAACAGAAUCGAUCAGCCAAAUGGGACAGAUGAAAGAAACAGAGUCGAUCAGCCAAAUGGGACAGAUGAAAGAAAUGGGACAGAUUAGCCAAACAGGACAGAUGGAAGAAACAGGGUCGAUCAGCCAAACAGGACAGAUGAAAGAAACGGGGUCGAUCAGCCAAAUGGGACAGAUGAAAGAAACAGAAUCGAUCAGCCAAAUGGGACAGAUGAAAGAAACAGAGUCGAUCAGCCAAAUGGGACAGAUUAGCCAAACAGGGCAGAUGGAAGAAAAGGGAGAUGUUCAAGUAUCGGGAGAGAUGAAAGAAACAGGACAAAUGAGCCAAAAGGGACAGGUUGAAGAAAUGGGGCAGAUGGAAGAAAAGGGAGAUGUUCAAGUAUCGGGAGAGAUGAAAGAAACAGGACAAAUGAGCCAAAAGGGACAGGUUGAAGAAAUGGGGCAGAUGGAAGAAAAGGGAGAUGUUCAAGUAUCGGGAGAGAUGAAAGAAACAGGACAAAUGAGCCAAAAGGGACAGGUUGAAGAAAUGGGGCAGAUGGAAGAAAAGGGAGAGAUGGAAGAAAUGGGACAAAUGAGCAACAUUGGACAGAUGGAACAAAAACAGACAGAUGGUGGUCAGCAAUCUUCCAGAAUCCCAAUUGUGCCUACAGUGAUAGCUGUCAGCCCAGCUCACAAUGGUCGAGUAUGCAGCACUUGGGGAAAUUACCAUUUCAAAACAUUUGAUGGAGAUAUUUUUCAGCUGCCAACCACUUGUAACUACCUCCUUGUUUCUCACUGCAAAAGUAACUAUGAAGAUUUUAACAUCCAGUUAAGGAGAACAGUGGAGAAUAACCAGCCAACCCUUGGAAAGGUGACAAUGAAGCUGGAUGGAAGCGUCAUUGAACUUACAAAAGAUGGCGUAUCAGUCAAUGGGGAAAUGGCUAACCUACCCCUCAGCCAAGCUGGGAUCUUAAUAUCAGAAAGCAGCACCUACAUCAAAAUCACUAGCAAGAUGGGCUUAGUAUUUCAGUGGAACAAAGAUGAUGCUUUAUUGCUGGAAAUUGAUGAAAAAUAUGUGAACCAGACCUGUGGUCUUUGUGGCGACUUCAACCACAUCCAGAUCUAUGAUGAAUUCAUUAUGAAUGGUGUGAAAAUAGAACCCCAAGAUUUCGGACGUAAUUGGAAGAUAAGCGGCCCAACAGAAACCUGCACAGAGCCAACACCUUCAUCUAACAAUAAUUGUGAAACCUAUAGAGCUGCCUGCGAGGAUUACCUCUCUGACAAUGCUUUGGCCAGCUGCAAUGACCUAGUACCCAUCAAUGACUUUGUCGAUGCCUGCAUCCAAGACAUGUGCGACUGUGAUGAGUCUGAUGAUUCCUCUUGUGUAUGUAACACUAUCUCAGAGUACUCCAGACAGUGUGCCCAUGCUGGUGGUCAGCCCAUGAACUGGCGGAGGAAUGAUUUUUGCAAUAAGAAAUGUCCCCUCAACCUGGAAUAUAUAGAAUGUGGUGUUCCUUGUGCAGACACCUGCUCCAAUUCUGACCAGAGUGCACUUUGUGAAGACCACUGCAUUGAUGGCUGUUUCUGUCCAAAUGGGACUGUCUUGGAUGACAUCACACAGAGUGGCUGCAUCCCACUUCAGCAGUGCUCCUGCACCUACAACAACAAAACAUUUGCUGCUGGAGAGUCCUAUUCCACCAACUGUCAGAAGUGCACAUGCUCUGGAGGACAGUGGACAUGUAUAGACCUGGAUUGUCCUGGGAGAUGCUCGGUUGAGGGAGGUUCGCACAUCACGUCUUAUGACGGACUGCAAUUCACCUUUCAUGGAGACUGCACCUACAUCCUUUCUCAGAACAUCAACAGUGAUGACUUUGUGGUGCUUGGGGAAAUUCUUAAAUGUGGACUGUCAGACUCGGAAACAUGCCUAAAGAGUGUGUCACUCAUCAUAAAAGGAGGAAGUAAAGUGAUCAUACCAAGUGGAGAAGUGCUUGUAGACUCAAUCAGCUCUCAGCUGCCAUUCAACACACCUGAGGUGACCAUAUUCCGUCCUUCCACCUUCUACAUUAUUAUGGAGACUUCAUUUAGGGUCCAGGUAAAAGUGCAGCUUGUACCCUUAAUGCAGGUCUAUCUUAAUACUGACACCUCUCUCAAGGGACAGACAUCUGGCAUCUGUGGUAAUUUUAACAAUAUUCAAGGGGACGAUUUCAAGGCUGAACAUGGGGCACUUGAAGGAACUGCUGCUUCAUUCUGCAACAGCUGGAAGACACAGGGAAGCUGCAGUGACAUGAAAGACCUCUAUGACAAUCCUUGCGCUCUUAGCAUUGAAAACGAGAACUAUGCUCAGCACUGGUGCUCUCUUCUGUCUCUUCCAACUGGGCCAUUUGCAGAUUGCCACUCUGUGGUUCAACCUGAUCCCUACCAAAAGAACUGUCUGUAUGAUACCUGCAGUGGUUCAGAUAGUGAGAACAGCAUGUGCGCUUCCAUCUCUGCAUAUGUAAGGAUCUGUGCCUUCAAGGGGAUCCAAAUGGAUGGUUGGAGAGACAACAUGUGUGACAAAUAUUCCAAAAACUGUCCCAGCACAAUGACUUUUAGCUACAGUAUGACCAGCUGUAAUCGUACCUGCCGUUCUAUCAGCGAGCCUGACUUGACCUGUAGAGUUGACUUUACAUCAGUGGAUGGUUGUGGAUGUUCUGAGGGAACCUAUAUGGAUGACAGUGGCAAGUGUGUUGAGCAGAGUGCCUGUCCCUGCUACCUCAAUGGCGUUGUGGUGAAACCUGAAGAGGUCAUAACCAAGGAUGGGGCAAGCUGCACCUGUAGGCAAGGAAAUAUGAACUGCAUUGGACGUCAGCCAGUAGUGCAAACCUGCAAUGAUCCAAUGGUAUUCCUUGAUUGUUCUCAAGUGAAAUUAGGAACCCAAGGAUCAGAAUGUCAAAAGAGCUGUCAGACUCUAAACAAGCCCUGUUAUAGCACAGUGUGUGUCUCAGGAUGCGUAUGUCCAGAGGGUCUUGUCUCUGAUGGGAAUGGAGGGUGUGUCUCUGAAGACCAGUGCCCAUGCAUGCACAAUGGAGCUUCAUAUAACCCUGGAGACACGAUCAAAGUGGACUGCAACACUUGCACCUGCAAUAACAGAAUAUGGAACUGCACGGAAGAACAAUGCCAGGGUACUUGUGCAAUCUAUGGUGACGGACAUUACAUUACAUUUGAUGGAAAAAGGUUUAACUUUAAUGGAGACUGCGAGUAUACUCUGACUCAGGACUACUGCAGUCAAAAUGAAGGGACCUUCAGGAUGAUCACUGAAAAUAUCCCAUGUGGCACCACUGGCACUACCUGCUCCAAGUCCAUCAAGAUUUUCCUGGGGAACAAUGAGCUGAAGCUUUCGGAUGGUCAUUUUGAAGUGCUUCAACGAGAACCAAAACAGGAAGUGCCCUAUAAAGUCCGUAUCAUGGGCAUAUACCUGAUCAUUGAGGCCAAUAAUGGUUUAACACUUAUGUGGGACCGGAAAACCAGCAUGUUUAUCAAACUCAGCCCUUCUUUUAAGGGAAAUGUCUGUGGUCUUUGUGGAAACUAUGAUGGAGAUGUAAACAAUGACUUUACCACCCGAAGUCAGUCAGUUGUAGUGAGUGUUCUGGAGUUUGGAAACAGCUGGAAAGCAUCCCCCAGCUGCCCAGAUGCCCAAGAUUCUAAAGAUCCCUGCACUAGCAACCCAUACAGACAGUCUUGGGCACAGAAGCAGUGCAGCAUCAUCCAAAGCCAAGUGUUUACAGACUGUCAUCCUCAGGUUGACCCAAGCCCAUUCCAUGAUGCCUGUGUAAGUGAUUCCUGUGCUUGUGACACUGGUGGAGACUGUGAAUGUUUCUGUACAGCAGUAGCCUCCUACGCCAAAGCCUGUAAUGAUGCGGGUAUAUGCGUUGUCUGGAGAAGCCCAGAAAUUUGCCCACUGUUUUGUGAUUACUACAACGCCCCCGAUGGCUGUGAGUGGCACUACAAGCCCUGUGGAGCACCAUGUAUGAAGACCUGCAGGAAUCCUACUGAACAGUGUUCUGACCAGAUCACAGGGCUAGAAGGCUGUUAUCCAAAAUGUCCUCCAAAUGAACCAAUCUUUGAUGAGGACUCCAUGAAGUGUGUCCCCCUAGAGCAAUGUGGUUGUUUUGAUGACGAUGAUGGCAAACACUACAUGAAUGGUGAUAUUGUCCCAACUAAAGACAACUGCCAAACAUGCAAAUGUGCAUCCACUACUGUUCAAUGCUCCUAUGAUGCUACAGCAUGCUACUGCACAUACAACGGAAAUAACUACCCUUACAGUUCGACUGUGUACCAUACAACAGACGGCAUUGGAAGCUGUAUUACUGCUGUUUGUGGAGUGAAUGGAACAAUCGACAGAGAGAUUUACAGUUGUGCUUCAACAACCACCCCAGUGCCUUCUCCAGUGCCCACAACAGUUUUCAACUUUACAUCUCCAGUGCCAUCUAGACCACCUGUCACUUCAUCUUCCACUGAAGGCCCCAGUCCAACUCAACCAAUUGUCACUUCAUCUACUCAGGAAGUGCCCACUCCAGCAAAACCAUUCACCUCAACCACUGGAACUCCAGGAACUACUGCAGCCAGUCCACCAGUCCCUUCAUCUACGAAAGAGUUUCCUGGUACAACACAGCCAACUCUCACUUCAUCAACCACUGAGUCUCCUGUGCCAACACAGCCAUCUGUUUCCUCAUCUACAGAAGGGGUUCCUUCUUCAACUGGACCAUUUGUCACCUCAUCUACCAAGAAAGUUCUUCCUACCACGCAGCCAUCUCUCACUUCCAAAUCUUCUACAGCCACAACGGCAGCAAAAUGCACCCCAGAAUGCAAAUAUACCUCUUGGAUUAAUUCCUUUUACCCUGAUUUUGGCUCCACUGGUGAUUUGGAAACAAUAACCAACAUUAAGCAGAAAGGUUAUGAUAUUUGCCAAAGCCCCAGAGAAAUUCAGUGCAGAGCUGUGGAACUUCCUGAAGUUGCGUUAUCUGAAAUAGGACAAAUCGUAACCUGUAAUUUGAAUGAAGGUCUUAUUUGUAAAAACAAUGACCAACCAGAUGAUGUAAAGCUCUGUUAUGACUAUGAAGUCAGAUUCUUGUGCUGCGAAGGCUGUGAAGAGGAAACAAUGUCCACCACCUCUUCAGCUACCACAAAGCCAACACCCUCAACCCAAACAAGUGCAAUUGUGUCCACAGGAGAAGUUACUAAAACAAUUCAGCCAUCGCUUCCUCCGUCUACCAAGGAAGUUACUACUGCAGUCAAACCACCUGUCCCUUCAUCAACAAAGGAGUUUCCUGGUACAACACAGCCAACUCUCACUUCAUCAACCACUGAGUCUCCUAUACAAACACAACCAUCUGUUUCUUCAUCUACCCAAGAGGUUCCUUCUUCAACUGGACCAUUUGUCACCUCAUCUACCAAGAAAGUUCUUCCUACCACGCAGCCAUCUCUCACUUCCAAAUCUUCUACAGCCACAACGGCAGCAAAAUGCACCCCAGAAUGCAAAUAUACCUCUUGGAUUAAUUCCUUUUACCCUGAUUUUGGCUCCACUGGUGAUUUGGAAACAAUAACCAACAUUAAGCAGAAAGGUUAUGAUAUUUGCCAAAGCCCCAGAGAAAUUCAGUGCAGAGCUGUGGAACUUCCUGAAGUUGCGUUAUCUGAAAUAGGACAAAUCGUAACCUGUAAUUUGAAUGAAGGUCUUAUUUGUAAAAACAAUGACCAACCAGAUGAUGUAAAGCUCUGUUAUGACUAUGAAGUCAGAUUCUUGUGCUGCGAAGGCUGUGAAGAGGAAACAAUGUCCACCACCUCUUCAGCUACCACAAAGCCAACACCCUCAACCCAAACAAGUGCAAUUGUGUCCACAGGAGAAGUUACUAAAACAAUUCAGCCAUCGCUUCCUCCGUCUACCAAGGAAGUUACUACUGCAGUCAAACCACCUGUCCCUUCAUCAACAAAGGAGUUUCCUGGUACAACACAGCCAACUCUCACUUCAUCAACCACUGAGUCUCCAGUGCCAACACAGCCAUCUGUUUCCUCGUCAACAAAGGAGGUUUCCAAAACAACUGGACCACCUGUAACUUCAUCUUCCACUGAAGUCCCUAGCCCAACACAACCAGUUGUCACUUCAUCUACUCAGGAGGUGCCCACUCCAUCACAACCAUUUACCCCAACCAUUGGGACUCCAGGAACUACUGCAGCUAGGCCACCUGUCCCUUCAUCUACAAAAGAGUUCCCUGGGACAACUCAACCAAGUCUCACAUCACCAAGAACGGAGUCGCCUGUACCAACACAGCCAUCUGUUUCUUUAUCUACAAAGGAAGUUUCUUCUUCAUCAGGACCACCUGUCACUUCAUCUUCCACUGAAGGCCCCAGUCCAACUCAACCAAUUGUCACUUCAUCUACUCAGGAAGUGCCCACUCCAGCAAAACAAUUCACCUCAACUACUAGGAUUCCUGGAACUACUGCAGCCAGUCCACCAGUCCCUUCAUCUACGAAAGAGUUUCCUGGUACAACACAGCCUACUCUCACUUCAUCAACCACUGAGUCUCCUGUGCCAACACAGCCAUCUGUUUCCUCAUCUACAGAAGGGGUUUCCAUCCCAACUGAACCAUCUGUAACCUCAUCUUCAACUGAAGCCCCCAGUCCAACUCAGCCAAUUGUCACUUCAUCUACUCAGGAAGUGCCCACUCCAUCACAACCAUUUACCUCAACCAUUGGGUCUCCAGGAACUAUUGCAGCUAGGCCACCUGUCCCUUCAUCUACAAAAGAGUUCCCUGGAUCAACUCAACCAAGUCUCACAUCACCAAGAACGGAGUCGCCUGUACCAACACAGCCAUCUGUUUCUUUAUCUACAAAGGAAGUUUCUUCUUCAUCAGGACCACCUGUCACUUCAUCUUCCACUGAAGGCCCCAGUCCAACUCAACCAAUUGUCACUUCAUCUACUCAGGAAGUGCCCACUCCAGCAAAACAAUUCACCUCAACUACUAGGAUUCCUGGAACUACUGCAGCCAGUCCACCAGUCCCUUCAUCUACGAAAGAGUUUCCUGGUACAACACAGCCUACUCUCACUUCAUCAACCACUGAGUCUCCUGUGCCAACACAGCCAUCUGUUUCCUCAUCUACAGAAGGGGUUUCCAUCCCAACUGAACCAUCUGUAACCUCAUCUUCAACUGAAGCCCCCAGUCCAACUCAGCCAAUUGUCACUUCAUCUACUCAGGAAGUGCCCACUCCAUCACAACCAUUUACCUCAACCAUUGGGUCUCCAGGAACUACUGCAGCUAGGCCACCUGUCCCUUCAUCUACAAAAGAGUUCCCUGGAUCAACUCAACCAAGUCUCACAUCACCAAGAACGGAGUCGCCUGUACCAACACAGCCAUCUGUUUCUUUAUCUACAAAGGAAGUUUCCACUCCAUCCAGAACUACUGCAGCAAUUCCACCUGUCCCUUCAUCAACAAAAGAGUUUACUGGUACAAGUCAACCAACUCUUACUUCGUCAUCCACUGUGUCUCCUGUGACAACACAGCCAUCUGUUUCUUCAUCUACAAAGGGAGUUUCCAUUCCAACUGGGCCAACUGUCACCUCAUCGGUAGCAAGGCAGCCUGUCACUACAUCUGCCAGUCAGGCUCCUGUUCCUACUGUGCCUACUGGAAUUUCAUCUACUGCUAAAACAUGCUUCUGUGAAGUGCAAUUGUAUACAACACCACAGAUGCAGAUGGCUGGUGUUAUACAGCAGUUUGCGAACAAAACUGUGAGAUAA